GGCCCGGAGCGAGCGGAGCCGAGCGGAGCCAUGGCCGCGGGGCCGCCCGGCAGCCGCCGCCUCCUCCCGCCGCUGCUGCCGCUGCCGCUGCUGCUGCUGCUGCUGCUGGGGCCGCUGCGGCCGGCGCUCGCCCAGGGCUUGGGGCAGACGCGCUUCGUCUGCACCUCGGUGCCGCUGGACGGGGACGUGUGCGCGGCCUCGGCGCUGGGCACCGGCUCGGCCGAGGAGCUGAAGGGCACCGUGCUGCAGCUGCGGGAGACGGUGCUGCAGCAGAAGGAAACCAUCAUGAACCAGAAGGAGACGAUCCGCGAGCUCACGGCCAAGCUGGGCCGCUGCGAGAGCCAGAGCGUGCUGGAGCUGCCCGGCGAGGGAAAGGGAAGGAAGGGCUUUUCCAAGAACACCAUGGGCGACCUGUCGCGGCCGGCCGCCGCCGAGACCCUCAGCCAGCUGGGGCAGACGCUGCAGUCCCUGAAAACCCGGCUGGAGAACCUGGAGCAGUUCAGCAGGAUGAACUCCUCCAGCCAGACCAACAACCUGAAGGACAUCCUGCAGAACAAGAUCGAUGACCUGGAGAAGCAGGUGCUGUCGCGGGUGAACAGCCUGGAGGAGGGCAAGCUCAGCCCCCGCAACGAGUCCGAGGAGCGCGGCAAGAUCGAGAGCACCCUCACCUCGCUGCACCAGCGCAUCAGCGACCUGGAGAAAGGCCAGAAGGACAACCGGCCCCCGGACAGGUUCCAGCUCACCUUCCCCCUGCGCACCAACUACAUGUACGCCAAGGUGAAGAAGAGCCUGCCCGAGAUGUACGCCUUCAGCAUCUGCAUGUGGAUCAAAUCCAGCGCCUCCCCCGGCAUGGGCACCCCCUUCUCCUACGCCGUGCCCGGCCAGGCCAACGAGCUGGUGCUCAUCGAGUGGGGCAACAACCCCAUGGAGAUCCUCAUCAAUGACAAGGUGGCCAAGCUGCCCUUCGCCAUCAACGACGGCAAGUGGCACCACAUCUGUGUCACCUGGACCACGCGGGACGGCGUGUGGGAAGCCUACCAGGACGGCACCCAGACGGGCAACGGCGAGAACCUGGCCCCCUACCACCCCAUCAAGCCGCAGGGCGUGCUGGUGCUGGGCCAGGAGCAGGACACGCUGGGCGGAGGGUUCGAUGCCACGCAGGCCUUCGUGGGGGAGCUGGCCCACUUCAACGUGUGGGACCGCAAGCUGAGCCCGGGGGAGGUGUACGCGCUGGCCACCUGCAGCUCCAAGGCGCUCGCGGGGAACGUCAUCGCCUGGGCCGAGGCCAACAUCGACAUCUACGGCGGGGCCACCAAGUGGACUUUCGAGGCCUGUCGCCAGCUCAACUAGGGCCACGGACAAGCGAGAGAAACCUCCUCAGCGGGUUCUUUUUAUUUAUUUAAUUAUUUAUUUUUUCUCCUUUUUUUUUUUUUUUUUUUUUCUUUUUUUUUUUGCGCAAAAACAACCGAGAACGAAGCCACCCGACUCGUCCCCGGGAGCAGGGAUGCCCCGGCAGCGGCGCGCCCGCCCGCGGAGCCCCACGACCCUCCGGUUUCUGUCUUGCCAACGUCCUCGAACGCCUGCGUGCCUUGGCCUGGCGCGGCUGCGCCCCCCGCCGCCCCCCGGCCCGGCCCCCGCUUCGCCGCCGCUUUCCUCGGGCACCGGCGCCUGCAAAGGCAGCGGGACCCGGCCCAGAGCCCCCUCGGGGCUCCUCCUUACCCAGCCUGACCCCCCCGGGAGGGAGGGUGGUGCCCCCAGAGCUGGGGGAAAGUUCCGACACCCCCUCCCCACCUCCCCAAAACCGGGGUUGCGACCCCUCCGCUCCCAGCCCGGGAGGAGCCGCCCCCGGCCGGCGCUGCCCCCAGCACCACAGCCAUAGCCCCGGGCUGCGGCGGGACCCCCGCGGGACCCCGGCCCCGCUCCCCGACCUGCCGCACUCAGGUACCCCCGGCCCCGCCGCCUGCAGCCCCCCGAGGCCUCCUACGCGCCGUAGCUGGUGACAAAUAGCCUUUACCGUCCCUCCAGUGCAGCUCCCACUGACAGAUUGCAGAAAUCACUCCCCAGCCCCCCUCCUGCCCCCCACCCAGGGCGGCAGUGGAGGAUGAGGCAGAGAAUUCACCCGGGGCUCCAGAGCCUCACGACCGACUCCAGAGAUGCGGCAAAGAGCCGGGCGGAGCAGAGGGGUCGGAGCGGGCCGGGGGCUCCUCCCGGCCGGGGCCAGAGCCCCUCCCGGCCCCCGGAGCGGCACAGGCAGCGCCCCAGCGAGACCCGCGCACGGCUCAGGGCAGCGCUCCUCACCCCGCUCCUGGUGCGAGAAAAACCACCCCGAACCAUCGAGAGUUAAAUUCGAGUUCCUCCCAAGCCCCUGUUCACAUCGGCGAGCACAGGCACAGCCUGCCGAGAACAACGAGACCAUGGCACAGGUUUAACCUCCGGCCCCAGGUGCGUUGGAUUUGCCAAAAAACCACGAAAGGGUGUGAUGUCAACACAGUGUACAUAGUGUACAGUAGGGGAGAGAAUCAAUGUAUCUUAAUUUGUCAUUAUUUUGCUAACCAAAGCUGUACAUUUUUCCUACUCCUGGCUCUGUCUCCUUUGGGAUUUGAAGGGGUUCUGCAUCCGGCCCGCAUCGGCAGUUCUGACAAUGCACUGUUUCUACGGAUUCUCAUGCUUUUUCCAUUUUAUUGCUGGGAUUACAUGAAUUGUUGACUUUAUUUUUACACAAUAAAGCGUGAAGAAAGACA